AUGCCGAAGAGAGCCGCACCAGCCACCGACACAGGCGCGAGAAAGAGCUCCGCGUCUGAUGUCUCGGGCAUCAAGAAGGCCGAGCGUUCCCACGAAGAGAACCAGGAGCGUGCCUACGUCGCUGCGUCGAGGCGUCAGGACCGCAGCAUCGAGGCACGCGUCCAGUCCGCCCGUAUGGCGUCCGAGAUCCACAAGAAGCGGACGGGCAAGGGCCUCCGCAUCACCGAGGAGAUUGUCCGCCGCGAGGAAAUGUACGAGGAGGAAGAGGAUGACCUGCCGCGCUCGCUGCGCCUGCUCAACCCCCAGAUGCAGACCAGCUCGCCCGAGUUCAACGCCCGAAUCGAGGCCUGGAUGACCAACAAGAUGGCCAUGUCCCAGUUCAUGCAGCGCUCCAAUGACGCCUGGGCGCAGAACCCCGUCAACCGACUCUUUGCCCAGAGUUUCCCGGAUGCGGGCGUGCACGCCCAGCAGAUUACACGUCAGAUGAGCUUCGGAUCACCCCAGCAGACACAGCAGCAGGCACCAACAAUGCAGUCGCCGGCACCUCAGUCGCCGCACUCCCAGCUUCCCCAGUCACCCAUGUCGUCUACCUUCCAACAGCCCUUCCAGUCCAUGUCGACGCACAAUCUCGAGCGUAACGACUCGGCUGCCUCGGUCGUCUCGCCCACCAACGUGGGCAGCAAGCUCUCGCCCACAAUUACGCAUGAGGCAUCUGCACCAGCGACGCCGGCACACCAGCCGCAGUUCGCCGAGGACGAGCCGCAGUCCAUAUUCACGUCCGAUCUGCCGCCCGAGAUGAGGCUGCUGAUGGGUAUGCCCAACAUGGAGCCCAACCCGUUCAGCCAGAACAUUUACGGCCACAACUGGCAGACCAUGGACAGCAGUUUCUACGACGGCAUGUCCGCUCCUCAGAAGCUUGGCGAGUACGACCAACCGCCCGCAGACAACAUGUUCGGCGAGGCCAUGGGCGACGACGCCAACUGGCAGUACCGCACUGAGGAGCCCGCCUGGGACAACUUCCUCAACGACAAUGUGUGGUCGAGCCAAGAGUGA